AUGGCAACGAAUGAAACAGUUCGUUCUGCGGCUGAUAUUGAACAGGACUAUCAGGAGUCGGAUAAAACGAGAGCUUCGAAUCCGGAAGAUUUUCCCAACUUUCGCGACUUUCAAAUCGUUAAGAUGGUACAACACUUCCGCGUCGUAACGGAUGGUUCGCAAGAGCAGCUACGGCUCGGCUUCAAGUGCAAAACUUGCGGCGUAACGUUUAACAAAACGAUGCAACUGCUCGGCCACAUACGGUUGCACUUCGAGGAUGAACAUACGUGUCGGGAGUGUGGAAAGUACUUUUUCGACCCGAGCAAGCUGCAGAUACACAUCAAGGCCAAACAUACGAUAAACUUGUUGAAGUGUCAGUUCGGGUGUCACGACUACACAUCGCCUAGCUUCAAAUGCCUUCAGCUACAUUACGAGCGGUUCCAUUUCGUUAAAAUUCGCAUGAGAGAGCUACGUAAAAUGGACGAAGCAAUACGGAACGGUGGUACGGUGAUGACGGAGAUAAUAUCCAAAAAACAACGCCGCAAACAGUUUCACGCGACCGAUUUGUUGCGUUCUGCAUCGAGUGGUGAAGAUUCGCAAGGUCCCGAAGGACCGUUAGAGGAGGAGGCGGAAGAACAACAGCGGCAGGAAGAUCAACCAGCGCUGCAGGAACAGGAACAACAAGUUGAACUAGAGCAACCAAUACAACAACCCGUGCCGCACACACUACCGCAACAAAUUCAGCUACAGCAAAUACAGAUACAGGCACCACAGCUGAUACAGCAUCAUCACCAGCUUGCUCAGAUGCCGCAGCAGCAGCCGUACGUAAUCCAAACGGUCGAAGCAGUCGAGGAGGAAGACGAUGGUUUCGACGAUGAUGAUGAUGGUAGCGAGAAGGUAAUGUCCGAACCGGCGGAAGAGAAUGCAAUCUAUGAUGACCAAAUGCAGUGCUGCGUGUGUGGUGCGAUAUUCGAGGACGAGCAGCAGCUGGAGAUGCAUGAAAAUUCACACACCGCACCGUUAGAGUGUAGCUUCUGCAGCAUGACCUUCAUGCAGUUGUCGGACGUUCGGCAACAUUAUCAAAGCAGACAUCAGGCAGUAAGCAGACCGUCUCCAUACGUCAUUGCGCACCCGAGCGGGCCUCUGGUGCAGCAGCAAGCUUUACAUCAAAUCGUACACAAUCCGCACCAGUUGCAGCAGCAGGAACAACAGCAACCGCAACAGUUACAGCCAACGGCCCAGUUCAUUCCGAGCGCAUCGAACGGAGCGAUGACGACGGUGUUGGUAAUGCAAAACGGAAUAGUCAUACCGGUGCAUGCUAUCGAUAGUGCACAGUUGACCGCAGUUAAUCCGUACCAGCACCAAACGUCACCAACUGCUACACUCGCACCGAUCGCACAAGGGUCCCAGAUUGCAUGGCCUAUCACGGCGACACCGAUAGCGGCCACGCACCAGCACCAUCACCAGCAGCAAAUCCUUCCACCGGUGCAUAAUCAGAUCGAAAUUAUUCCUCUCCAUACCAGCCCGACAGCCGGUGGAGCGGCACCACAUCACAGCAUCAUCACGUCGAUCGCACCGCAACAGAUACAAGGGCAAGCGCCACAAACACUUACCCCAAUACAGCUCAGUAUAAAGGAUGCGAGCGGGAAUGUGAUUGGUGGGGGUGGUGGUGGAACAACAAACGGAUCCGGUGGAUACGUUAUCAAUCAGAUUGCAUCGAUUGAUCCGAGCUAUUUGAAGCAAAUUGAUCCAGUGUUACAUCAGCAGCAGCAACAACAGCAACAGCAGCAACAGCAACAGCAGUCACCGCAGCAGCAACAACAACCACAGCAAAUACAUCAUCAGUGGCACACUGUUCAGCAGUUUAAUUCGUAG